AUGUCUGGCUCGUUUGACAACAGCGACUUGCGCCAGGCUGGCACGGCGGCCAAGCGAGUUCACGACCACAAAGCCAAAUGGGUCCAUGGCGGUCGAUCCGCCCGCCCCGGCCAUGCCCUUCUUGACGACGUCCUCCCGAUGACCCGUCCCGCGAAGCAGCAGUCAACAUCGUGGAACCGACGGCAGCGAGUGCGCGAUGCCCAGCACAACUCCACCCUUGCAAAGGUCGAUUUGCGACACGAUGUACGCGAGGCUCUCGAUGAGGGUACUUCCGACUCGUCCGGCGUAGAGGAUCACGGCGAUCUCGCAGUCGCAACGACCAUGCCCGAAGUGUUCCACGCAGAAGGCCCGGUUGACCUGUACGAGGUGACGGGACAGACGCUCUUCAACGACGUCGUUGACAAGGCAGUCGAGAAGUUCGAAGUAAAGGAGACGGAGAAGCUGGUCAAGGAGUACGAGUUCAUCACCCGCGAGAGCGAGGUGUCCAUCGGCUACCUUGCCGACGAGGACGACUUUGAGCUCGUUGACCAUGUGAAGCUUUAA